GACGUCACGUGGCGGGUUUCUUAUUGAUCAGCCUCGAGCAGGCAAAAGAGCUCAGUCACGUCUCGGUAGCGGACAGUGAAGGUUACCUGCUUCAACAGUGCUUGAACGGCAACCUUUCAACUGUCUUUUCAUCCACCACUCGGACCAAAAGAGAACGAUUGAAGCGACGAAAAGCGUCACGUCACCGUCUUGGCCUGCUUCUGAAUUUAGAAGGAUGAGUUCCCAGGUUAGACAGAACUUCCACCAGGACUGCGAGGCUGCCAUCAACAGGCAGAUCAACCUGGAGUUGUAUGCCUCUUACGUCUACCUGUCUAUGGCGUACUACUUUGACCGGGACGACCUGGCUUUGCACAACUUUGCCAAGUUCUUCCGUAACCAGUCGCACGAGGAGCGCGAGCAUGCCGAGAAGCUCAUGAAACUUCAGAACCAACGGGGAGGCAGGAUCUUCCUUCAAGACGUCAGGAAGCCUGAGCGGGAUGAGUGGGGCAGUGGUGUUGAGGCUCUGGAAGGCGCCCUGCAGCUUGAAAAAAGUGUCAACCAGUCACUGCUGGACUUGCACAAACUCUGCUCUGAUCACAACGACCCACAUUUGUGUGAUUUCAUCGAGACCCACUUCCUGGACGAGCAAGUCAAGUCCAUCAAAGAGCUGGCAGACUGGGUGACCAACCUGCGUCGCAUGGGCGCCCCUCAGAAUGGCAUGGCAGAAUACCUAUUUGACAAACAUACUCUGGGCAAGGAAAGCAGCUAAAUCCCUCCUGAUUUGUUAUUUUGCAUUUUGCUUUCUGUGUACCAAAUAGGAAAGCCACCUGCAUGCUUCAGGCCAGUGUGUUAUUCAUGUAGUAACUUCUUCCGCUUCUGUCAACACAACUUAGUAUGCUGCAUCCCAUCCCUAUAAUGUACUUAUUGGUGUUUUACACCAGAUGUCGGGCAUAUGAAAUAAAUUAAAACUGAAAUAGUA